AUGACUACAAUUCGACCAUUCGAUGUUAUGGAUAUGCUAAAGUUCAACAAUGUGAAUUUGGAUAGCAUGACGGAAACGUAUGGCUUCAACUUCUAUCUUUACUAUCUUGUCAACUGGCCAGAAUACUACCAGGUAGCUGAACAUCCAAAUGGUCAGAUCAUGGGAUACAUCAUGGGAAAAGCCGAAGGAAGAGACGAGAAUUGGCACGGUCAUGUUACGGCGCUUUCAGUCGCACCAGAUUACCGUCGCCUAGGUCUCGGUGCUCGCAUGAUGUAUACACUUGAACAUAUCUCUGAUAUGAAAAAAGCUUACUUCGUUGAUCUUUUUGUUCGAGUUUCUAAUCAUGUGGCAAUCUCCAUGUACAAAGCUCUAGGAUAUGUGGUCUACAGGGAAAUUAUAGAUUACUAUUCAGGCCCCCAUGAUGAGAAUGCAUAUGAUAUGCGCAAGGCAAUGUCUAUGGACAAGGAGAAGAAAAGUGUGAUACCGUUACCUCACCCUGUCCAUUCCAACGACAUCUGA